AUGGAAGCUGUUCCACCCUGCGGUGUCAGCGACGAGCUCCGGGAGGCAGGACCACUGGAGCGCGGCGUCGUCACCACUAAGGCAGGUGCUGCCGACUCGAAGGCAUGCCUAGAAGAGGCAGGGCAGUCCACCGUUUGCUGUAGCAGCGAAGAUGAAUACCCCAGUUCAGGCUCCUACCCCAGUGACGAUGAACGCCAAGACAGCGAUGCCCCCGCUAACCAGAGGCAGCAGCCGCCUACCCCACCUGCACCGACGAAAGUGACAGUACCGGAGCUUCAGCUCCCCAGACAGACAUCUCAUAUGCCUGGGAUGCAACCUGCUGCCUACACAUACACAAUCAGCAAUCUCGAGGAGAUCAGCGUUGAGCAGGCGCCUUCUUCAUGGCUGAAACCGCGCAUCAAGAUCGAUGGCCCCGAGGUUUUCCAUGGGCUUCUGAGGGCCAAUGAUGAGAACCUGCCCGCCCACGAAACUGUGCCUUCUACAGAGACAUUCGUAUCGUUCCAGGGCCAGUGGCGAGUGGUGACAUCUGCGGGGACUAGUUCGUACACCGGCUCAACAAUGAACCCAUGGGAUCCUUCCACAGCUGCCUAUCCGCUGCCUAUUACCUACAAAGUUGCAGACGACGCGGUUGUCGUGCGGGAAACAGCCACACCCCCGUCCCGAGCAGAGUCCCGCCUCGGAGUCUUCGAGAGACUCCGUCGUCUCCUCUGCACUUCUGUUGCAGAAUACAUGCAGAGCUGA